CCGAGUGACCGCUGCAGGGCGAGCUGAGCUGCAGGCUUCCUGUCCCUCCAUCCCCCUCUCUCUCUCUGCUGGUCUAGGACAGUCCGCUGUGGUCUCAUCUCUUUUUGCGGCGUCUCCACGCGCUCCCUCCACCUUCACCAUUACGUCCCAAACGAAAACGGACUUUUUAGCGCUCGCGUCCCGGACUCUCCACAGGAAGAGGGUCGUCGCCGCGGUGGUUGGCAUCGUCAUGGUUCUGGCUCUCAUCAUCGCGAUUCCCCUGCUGGUCCAAACUUCGAAGACGGACGCGCACUACGAGAUGAUGGGCACGUGCCGGAUGAUCUGUGACCCGUACAGUCCCAAACCCAGCGCCACGGCUCUGGAGGUCAUGCAGGACCUGAGCGCGAUCCCGUCCCCGAGCUUUGUACAAGGGACUAGAGGAGAGCCGGGGCGGCCGGGGAAACCCGGACCGAGGGGGGCACCGGGCGUACCGGGGCCACCCGGACCGAGAGGACCACCGGGGGACCGAGGAGAUACCGGGAAGAACGGAUAUCCCGGUUUAGGGGGCACCGCGCGCUCUGAGACCGGAGACCCGGGAUCGAGUAUCAUCGGGGGGGCAAAGAUCGCUUUCUAUGUGGGACUGAAGAACCCGCACGAGGGAUACGAGGUGUUGCGGUUCGAUGACGUCGUCACGAACCUGGGGAACCACUACGACCCCACGACCGGGAAGUUCACCUGCCAGGUUUCCGGGAUUUACUACUUUACCUACCAUGUGCUGAUGCGCGGAGGGGACGGGACCAGCAUGUGGGCAGACCUGUGCAAGAACGGACAGGUCCGGGCCAGUGCCAUCGCGCAGGACGCGGACCAGAACUAUGAUUACGCCAGCAACAGCGUAGUGCUGCACCUGGACUCCGGGGACGAGAUCUACGUCAAGCUGGACGGCGGAAAAGCGCACGGCGGGAACAACAACAAGUACAGCACGUUUUCCGGUUUCCUUUUAUACCCGGACUGAAUAUUAACGGAUUAAUCACGUGACAGACUCACACCUUUGUUUUAACUCCAGGAUACCAACAGAGUCCUCAUUACAGUCAGACUUCUUCUCUUAGAGUAUGGAUUAUUAUUACAGGAUGAAUAAUCCACCUUGUUCCACACUAGUCUCUCUCGUGCUUUGCUGAUUGUUUGAGCAAAAACAGUUUGUUCUUCGUUGGAAAAAUCACAUUAAAUGCCUAUUCAGAAUCAUAGUAACCUCCUUUAUUGUUUUGGUACUGAGUUCUGGACAGACCGCUCCGCUCGAUGGAUCCACAGUCCGUGUUUCUGGUGCCGAUGUCGUUGCGUUUCUUCUCCGUGCGUUUCGUGGAUUUGAGGAUGUUUGAGCUGAACUGAGAAUGACUCGAUGCUCCCUCCUGUGUUCAGAGGACAUGACCAUGUGAUGUGAUGCUGUUUCUGCUCGUCUGAUAUUUAUCCUCUAUGAUCUUCUGUAUUUAUGCACUUAUUUAUUCCCAAUGAGAGUCAGUGGAAACGUAUAUAAGCUACAGUUAACUGCCCAUCCAGUGUCGCAAAAAUGUCUUUAUAUGUCCUCGGUGUGAUCAAUGAUUUCAAUAAAUGACUAUGUUUUCUACGA